GCUCAUUGCUGCUCACGUUCAGGGAUGGCCGUUAAUGUUGCCAGUUGUCUUAUCCGUGCUCCUCAUGGCUCCUCAUGGCUCCUCCGCUAGGUAUCUUGCAUCCACAUCAUCAUAUCAUAUCAUAUUUUGAUUGAGCCUCAGAACGACAAUUCGAACGUUCUGUGGCCAUGCAUGGUUACGAUAAUAACUACGUACAUUGAGCUCGCUUCCUUGAUCGAGACUAUUUUAGCGCGAGUCUUGGACGCUAUAAAACCAAUGAUGAAGUUCUUCUACCGGCUUAAGCGCCGUUUUCCCACUUUUUGUUGUUUUGUUGCUCUUACAGCUAAUGCGUUCUUUCCUUAUACCUGUCCUUUCAUUUACACUCGGCCUCGCCGCCAGUGCGAUUGCCGACCCCACUCUCUCUCCUUGGCGGAUUCACGAACAGCGUUCCAAUAUACCCGCAGGAUGGAACCGUGCACGAAAGCUUGAUUCUUCUGUGUCGAUUCCCUUACGAUUUGCGCUUGCCCAGUCGAAUAUCGAGAAUAUCGAAGAACUUCUCUACGAUGUGUCGCAUCCUGACUCAUCUAAUUACGGCAACCACUGGUCUGCAAGUCAGAUUGCAGCCAAAUUUGCCCCGAGUACCGAGUCUAUCGAGACUGUGCGCUCAUGGUUGAUCGAAAGCGGUGUGGAACCCCACCGCAUAAAACUCUCUCCCACCAAGGGGUGGCUUGAAGUGGCUUCUACUGUCGAAGAGGCUGAAAAUCUUUUGCUUGCCAAAUACCAUAUGUACGAUCACAACACCGGCACAAAACAUAUUGCCUGCGAGAGUUACCAUUUGCCAGAGCAUGUGAUCCCGCAUGUUGACUUUGUGACUCCUACCAUACAUUUUGAUGCCAGGAUCCAAAAGCGUGAUCAAUAUAGCAGAGGUAUCACUCCCAAGACGACCGGUCAAAUCGACAGCAUUUUGGACCAAAUUGAGGAUUGUGAUCAGCAAAUCACGCCAAUUUGCUUGAGGGCUCUCUACGGACUUUGGUAUCAGCCAGUCGCCGGGAGCAGCAACAGCUAUGGAAUUGUGGAAUAUACCCCACAGAUCUAUGUGCAGUCUGAUCUUGACAUGUUCGCAAAGAAUUUUUCAACUGGUCUUGAAGGAGUUUCCCCUACGCUGGUCUCGAUCGAUGGAGGUACCCUCCCGACUUCUGACUCUGGCUCUUCUUUUGACUACAAUGGGGAAUCCAACCUCGAUCUGGAGUACGGUAUGACCUUGGUAACAAAGGGACAAAACGUUACUCUUUACCAAGUUGGAGAUUGGGUUCAAGGUGGUUCUUUCAAUACCUUCCUUGAUGCCCUGGAUGGAACAUACUGUACAUACGACGGCGGUGAUGAUCCCUCCCAGGAUCCUGUUUAUCCUGACACCGCUAGUGGCGGAUACGACGGCAAUGAGGAAUGCGGAGGUGUCAAGCCUGCAAACGUCAUUUCCACAUCCUACGGAUACAAUGAAGCCGACCUCUCUGCCGCUUAUGCUAUUCGCCAAUGCAACGAGUACGCAAAACUCGGCCUCAUGGGCGUCACUUUCCUCUUCAGUUCGGGAGACUCGGGUGUUGCAGGCAGCGAUGGCUGUUUAAAUGCCGAUGGUACUCAAACCGCGGACGGUAAAAUCUUCAAUCCCUCCUUUCCUGCUACAUGCCCGUAUGUCACCGCGGUCGGUGCCACACAAGUUAGCCCCGGUCAGAAUGUAUGGGAACCCGAAAACGCGUGUGAACAGGUCAUUUACUCUGGUGGUGGAUUCAGCAACUACUUCAGUAUGCCCAGCUACCAGAAGGGAGCAGUCGAAGGGUAUCUAGAAAUUAAUCCGAUCCCGUACUCGAAGGAUAUCUACAACUCUACCGGGUCCCGUGCAUAUCCCGAUCUUUCUGCCAAUGGAGCGAACUACGUCGUUGCUAUUGACGGUAGUUUCCAGCUCGUGUACGGAACGUCCGCGGCUUCACCUGUCGUCGGUGCUAUCUUAACCAUGGUGAACGACGCUCGUAUCGCGCGCGGUAAACCACCUCUUGGGUUCAUCAACCCCACCAUCUACUCCACUGCUUUCGUACCCAGCUUUAAGGAUGUCACCAACGGAACGAACCCAGGGUGUGGCACUCUGGGAUUCAAUACAACUAAAGGUUGGGAUCCUGUUACUGGCCUCGGGACGCCCUACUUUCCCUCUCUGCUCGCCAAGUGGCUGACUCUUUAA